UAGUUCUAACUUUAACGUGCUACCCGACAUUUGUGAAGUUAACUGAUGCAUCAGAAGACUGCUGAACUCUGUUUGGAUUCGGGUGAGAUAAAGGACAGUCACAAGGCUUCUUGCUAUCGUAAAGGGGAUCGCUGGAAGACGACAUAAACAUGAACAUCCGGGCUACGGCGACGAUCUUAUUGCUUUUGUUUGUGGAAACUCUUGGUCAGUGUCUCCCUGGCUGGACUAUGGUGAGCGAGGAGCAGUGUGUCAUGAUUGGUUCAGCGGGCACGUGGCACGAGGCGUGGACAUUCUGCCACGUUCACGGAGGGUUUCUCGCUGACCCGGGGGAACAGCGCCAACUGAGAAGCAACCUGCUGUCGGAUCUCCUCACACAGAACGGAAUCAACAUAACGUGGUCAGGUAUUCACGUCAGAGAUGGAAAACUGCUGCUGGAUGGAGUCAACCCCACAACUCCACAGACGUUUUCCGAUACCUGGCAGUGGGCAGUAGGGGAACCAUCACUGGACGGUGACAAACUGUGCGGGCGAGCGCUCCUUCCAGUGACGUCACGGACCCAGACCGCUGAUAAAGUGGGAAUUCGAAAACGAUCAGCUGCGAAUGCACCUGGACGUAGAAGGGUUAACACACGAGACAACACAGACAGAAGGGUUAACACACGAGACUGGGCAGCGGCUCCACACCAAGAUGUGUUACGAGAACUCGAGCUUAUCACGGGCAACGGCAGACAAGUGGAGAAAAAGCCGACUGGAUUGUAUUCUGAUUACAACAGACGCGACAACCGUCGUCGAAAGCGAGCUGCAUAUUUACCUGGGAUCAUUCGAAGAAUUAAGAGAGCUGUGCAGACGGUCGCACAGAAUGCCGUGGUAACAAUGACCGACUGUGAGAAAAAACUGCCAUUCAUUUGUCAGAGCCAUGGCUACAGAUAUAGUGGAGUAAGACAAGUUAGUAUAUGCGGAACGGGGACGUUUGGAAAUUACUAUGCAAAUCGAUGCUAUAGCAUGGACACAAAGGCUGUAACAUUUAACAAAGCCAAAGAAAUGUGUGAAGAACAAGGGAAACAACUCGGCCGAUACACAACCCAGUUCCAUGUAUCAUUGGCAACAAGUGCAUUGCAGCGGUUCCAGCGUACACAGGAAGUUGCCUCCUCCGUGACGAGCUUGGUGUGGGUACAGUCUGACCGCGACGACUGUUCAGUGGCCUUCGCCUUCCAAACAGACCAGCCGACCUUCAGCUCCGCGCAAACCGGCAUACGUUGGCCGUGCAACUCGAGUCUGCCCUAUCUGUGUGAGACACACGGAGUGAUGCCAGCCACUGUAACUCUAAACUUGACCCAUCAGUUACUUGACGCCCAAUGGGUUCCAAACGGCGCACAGCUAGUUCUUCCAUCAGUGAGCUCCAUGCAAAAAACUCUUGAUCGUGCAAACAAUAUCACCUGUAAGGCUGACCCCUUCAUUAACCAGUUGCAACGGAUCACGUGGUUCAAAGAUGGCAGAGUUUUGUCAUCGCAAUACAUUACCAUCAACCAAUCAGAGGCCACGUUACAUUUUGCUUCUGGACGUGGAAUUGCAACUUUCCCUGGAUAUUACUGGUGUGAAGUGGUCAAUUUGAAUACAACACAAACUGUACAGUCUGUCAAGUUUUUUGUCCGUCAUACUGAGAUGGAGCUCUUCGCCGGGACCAUUGGAACAAAGAAGAGAAUUUCACCAUCUGAAGUUUCUCUCUUUAACUAUCUUGGACAGACCAAUGAUUUGUUGCUAAGUGCCCUGCAGAUACGCGUAGAGAGAUUCAACCCCUUUAGACUGACACCACUGAGAUACAGGUUACAGGGUGAUGUUGUAGAUUUCCUCGCUUAUAGACGACCCCAAACUGAUAGACCUAUGAAAAGGGCGAUUACGAGCAGAGCAGAGCGUAUUGAAAGAGCAAGAACUGAGCUGAUUGCUGAACUCAAUGUGUCUCGAGUGGAUUACAUUGACGUGAAGAGUCUUCAGCUCUACGAUAUAGAUGUCUGCCUGAGUACUGUGAUAUUUGACGAGAUACGAGAUGUGGCAUAUCAAGUGAGAGAGACUCCAUUGGGACAAUCAUUCAGGUCGAAUGACAUAUGUCUUGUUGAUGGAAAACCGUUUGCUGAACUGAAAUGUGCCGGUAACAGACUCUAUGGGGCGAAGUGGCAGGACCCGGUGUUCAAUACAAACUGCAAUUUUUAUCAAGUUGAUGAUUCGCGCGUUUCACAAUCGUUGAAAAAUCUAUCAAUGACUGAUAUUACAGAAUCAAAUAUUGGUGAAGUUGUGAGAAAGGCGAAAGUGCUUACGGAUGACUUUGAGCUUCUCAAUGAGAAAGAUUUGGUCUACGCGGCAGACAUUGUGCAGAAAACCAGUCAACUACCAGUUCUCUCGACUGAGAUUGCAGAGGAUGUUUUGGAUCUGGCAACCAAUGUCAUGAAGAAAGAGAAAGAGACACUUCACAAAUCUGAAAACCUUGGUCGAGCCCCAAGCAGAAUAAUCAGAAGUUUGGACACCAUUGAUAAUAUUGUUGACAUACCAACAAGUGGCGCUUUACAGUUGGUGACAGAUGCUUAUGGGUCAACCAUUUGGGACCUGAACAAAUAUGCAACAGACCCCGUGAUUGGUCUCAGGCUGACUGAUUCUGCAAAAGAAUUAACCAAUGAGAGUCUUAUUGCCAUGUUUAAUGCAGAUGACUUGGUGUUUCAAGGAACGGAGGCAGCGAUCGUCUUCCCCAAGCGUUUUGUGCAGAAAGUCAUUCAAGAUUACGGGUCGAGCGACAUCCGUCUGACGAUGCACGUGUACAGGGACACGAGACUGUUCACUGCGACUGAGAACUCGACUGGACGAUCGACGCAGUACGUGCUCAACAGUAAAGUGAUUUCAGCCAGGCUGUCUGUCGACAACAAGCCAAUAACAGAACUGAAUGACGUGCGAGUCAAGACAGUUUUCUUUCCAGACAGAGUUCUGAAGGCUGAUGUGCGGGGAAAUCUAACUGGCUGUGGUUUCUGGGAUUGGCGUCAAAACGACGGCCUCGGCGGGUGGUCCCUGGAAGGAUGCACUCAUGUAAAGGUGCAAAACGGCAGAGACGUCUGUCACUGUGAUCAUCUCACGAAUUUCGCCGUCUUGCUGGAUUUCUAUGGUCAGGAUGAGUUGGACUCUGCUCACCAGUUGGCUCUCAGCAUCAUAACCAUCAUCGGUCUGAGUCUGUCCAUCGCCGGCCUGUCACUCACAGUACUCACCUUCAUACUCUUCAAAAAACUGCGUCAAACUCGUCCCCAGCAGACUCUGUUCAACCUGGCGCUCGCUCAGCUCUGUGCGUGGAUCGUCUUCCUGGCUGGCAUCAACCAGACGCAGCACGAUGCAGGCUGCAUCGCCGUGGCCGUCAUGCUGCACUACUUCAUCACCGCCUCCUUCAUGUGGAUGUUGGUGGAGGCCAUUCUGCAUUACCUGCUGUUUGUCAAGGUUCUCGGGUCCUAUGUGUCUCGCUAUGUCUUGAAAACGGUCAUCCCAGCCUGGGGAAUUCCCCUGCUGCCUGUCAUCAUUGUUCUGGCAAUAGAUUACAAGAUGUAUCGGGGAGGCAGUACGUAUUGUUGGAUGUCAUUGCUUCCAUUCUACUAUGCGUUUGCUCUUCCCAUUGGCCUUAUUAUCCUGGCGAACCUGGUUCUUUACAUCAUGGUCGCCGUCAGUAUCUGUCGCAGGUCGAACGUUUCAGGGAAUAGCUCUCAGUCGAACACUCAGCGACACCUGGUGUCCAUCAGGGCAUCUGUGUUCUGCUUCAUUCUCCUCGGGCUGAGCUGGAUGUUCGGCUACCUGGCGAUCUCGGACGCUCGGGUCGUCUUUCAGUACGUCUUCACGGUAACCAACACGAUCCAGGGCUUCCUCAUCUUCCUGCUGUUCACGGCCAGGGACAAGACCGUCAGGGACAGCUGGAAGUCGCUGUGCUGUCCUAAACAGAAAACGGCUGCCUCGAGCACCGCAAAACAUGUUGAAAACGUUCACCUCACAGGCAGCACUGGGGCCAGUUCAAACAGCAGCAAUCGGCUAUAGACUUGAACUCUAUUAACGUGCCCCUACACUCCUAUGGUUUAGGGCACGUCCCUCACAGACCACAUGUUCACGCUGCUAUAGAAUGGCUUUAUCUGCAACCAGUUCAAACAGCGGCAACCACUAUAUAGGGUUUCACGCUGCUACAUGCAUGGACAGUUUCAAAAUCUAACGUAGUAGUAGUGCUGGAAUAUCAGCUUAAUUGAUAGUACUGGGUGGUGAUGGUAUAGAGUGCUUCAUACUGCUAUAUGAUAAAAAAAAAAACCUUAAAGUUUGUUUUGUUUAACGAUACUACUAGAGCGGAUUGAUUUAUUAAUCAUCAGCUAUUGGAUGUCAGGAAACCCGCUACAUUUUUUCCAUUAGUAGCAAGGGGUAUUUUAUACCCUCCAUCCCACAGACAGAAUAGCACAUAUCUCGGCCUUUGAUAUACCAGUCGUAGUGCACUGGUUGGAAAGAGAAGCUACAUGAACAAUGCUUCAAAGUCUAGUGAUGGUAUAUUAGCGUGGUCGAUAGAGCACAGACUCUUGUAAGAGAAUGGCACUGAUUUGCAGCCAUCACCGUAGCCCGGUGGUAAAGUGAUCGCUUGAUGCGCGAUCGGUCUGAGAUCGAUCCCCGAUGGUGAGCCCAUUGGGCUAUUUUUCGCUCCAGUCAGUGCCCAAAAAACUGGUAUAUCAAAGGCCGUGGUAUGUGCUAUCCUGUUAUUACUAUUUGUAUGCUCGUGAAAAUAUAGAUCACUUUCACUGUCCGCUUAGUUGAGAAUGUUUAAUAGUUUAUUAAAUCAUCUUGUCUGAAAUCCACGCUGCCCACGAGGUAAUUAUUUAAUAUUUACUAUGAGAUAACAGUGUAUUAAUGUUUGCUCAAAAGGUGUGAUUUUCAGAAUUAUGAAAAACACAACCAUGUAAAUGUAUUGCUUGGAAUUUAUCAGAGAUUUUGUAUAUGCAUAUCAUACAUCUCUUUAUUUUUAUGUUCCCAUGGUAUUUUUAUACUUUUAUAUAAUUUUUUAUAUUAUUUUAACAUUUAUUUUGCUUAUUUAUAAGCAUUAGUUUUUGGUAAUAGCUAAAAUUUAAAAUGCAAUUUGUUUUUGUAUAUCAAAGUGAACUACGAUGAAUUUUAUAUAUAAAUAAAAUGCAUUAGACUGAUUACAUUUUAUAAUAUGCAUUCAUUAAUACAAAGGAUACUGAAUAAAUCGUUUUUAGAAACCUACAUUGUUGAGGAUUUAA